AUGCCCCCUGGUGGAGUCAAGCCUCGGCCUCCUAAGAGAGUUCAUGCAGACCUCCCAGCUAAUCCACGAGUCAUAAGGUCGAAGAAAGCUCUAUUACAAGAUGCUGAUGCAUGUACUCAAAGUGAGGAAAUGUCUGAUCCUAAACAUCAGACACCAAGUGUCAUCCAUGAGCCAACUGCUUCUAUGGCUUCUGUCCGCCAAGCUGAAGAAAUUGCUCCCAACUUUGAUGACCAUGGUGUUGAAGGUGAUGAUCCUGGACAUUGUGAUGAUGCCAACUGGAUUGCCAAUGGAGCUGAUCUCAUUGCCAAGGAGCUGAUCUCAUUGCCCAUCAUGAUGAAGAAAAUGAGAUGGCCAACGAAGCUGGUGGUAGUGCCCAACCAAAUCAGCAAACCCAACCUAACAAUAACUCCGAAGCCAAGGGAAAGGGGCCCCAAUUUGGGAAAAGGUCUGGAAAGGAUCACUCGAUGCCGGCAGGGCAAACUGCCGCUUGUCAUUCCAGAAGGGAAGUUAAGGCCGGAGGCACCUCUUCUUGCUGCAAAUUUCGCAACUGAAUGCAACAUCACAGUUAGACACCAUAUGCCCGUGUUUAAGCACUGGAAGGAUUACAUGGACCCAGAUGGACAUGUCCGAGAUGGGAUCUUCAGGAACUUUGUAGGAAAAGUUGGUAACAAGUUUCAGAUGGACGUUGAUGCUGUGCCAGUUAGGAAGGUAUGUACUGAAAUGCUGAAACAUGCGACUCGCCAACAACGAUACAGGCUCAAGAAAGAGUAUUUUGACCCGCACCCACUCCAUUUGGUGACAAGAAUGUCUCCUGUCCCCUCGAUGACUGAUGAGCAGUGGAAUGAGCUAGUGGAAAGCUGGAAGGAUCCCAAAAAGAUGGAGAUAUGUGAAACUAACAAAAAUAAUCGAGCUCAAGUUAAGUUUCACCAAACCACUGGCUCGCGCAGCUACCCUGUGCACUAUGAUAAUCUGGGAGAGAAAUACAAAGAUAAAGAACCCACUGCAUUGGAUUUUUUCAAGGAGUGCCACUACAGCAAGAAAAAUAAAAGCUACACCGGUGUUGUCCAAGCUACAAUUACCGAGAUGGAAAACAAGGUCUCUCAGCCUACAGAAGAUGGACAGGAAUCGAACUGUGCGACAGAGGCUAUAGCUGAAGUGCUUGCUAAGCACACUAAGAAGCCAAGGUUUCUUCAGCAUGUGGGGAUCCAGCAUGUCCAUGCGAGAUCUAGCGAUAGCAACUGUGAAGCAGAAUUGGCAAAGAGGGGCAAUGUCGAGCUUCGGGCACUUGUUGACACCUUGACCAAGCAGUUGAAGGAGUCCGAAGAAGCAAGGACCAGGCAAGACGAGGAGCACAGGAAGAGAGAUGAGGAGAACAUGAAGAAGCAAGCUGAGAUGGAUGCAAAACUGGACUUUUUGCUAAGUCAGUUGCAAGCAAGAUCCUCUCAAGGGUAA